AUGGCGAAUGUAGAUGGAGAUGAGUCCAGAAGUUCUUUCCCAAGUUCUUAUCAUGAUCAGUUAUACACAGAGCUGUGGAAGGCUUGUGCAGGUCCAUUAGUGGAUGUUCCUCUUGCUGGAGAGAGAGUUUACUACUUCCCUCAGGGUCACAUGGAACAACUUGUGGCCUCAACUAAUCAAGGAAUCGAAUCAGAGAAAAUUCCUGAUUUUAAACUUCCUCCCAAGAUACUUUGUCAAGUUCUUAGUGUGAUGUUAAAGAGCAUGAAACAGAUGAGGUCUACGCUCAGAUCACAUUAA